UUUAAUUAAAGCAAAAUGCUUAUUAGGAUUUUUUUCAUCACUCUCUUUGUCUGUGCAUUGAGCCAGGUAAACUGUGAGAAAAAUGAAAUAAGUAUUCCGGAAAUAAUAAAAAUCUUGCAGGAUGGGAAAUCUUCAACUCCUACUCCUAUUACUACUUCGACUACUCCUGUUACUACUUCCACUGCUGCACCUAAAAAAGGAGGAUUGUCAAAUUUCGCGGGCACUAUUGUGAAUAAUACAAAGCACGCUAUUCAUUAUAGCAGCAACAUUGUAUUGGGCGGAGUAAAAAAUGUUGGAAAUGUAAUACAAGGUGGUUGGAAUAUCGCUGACAAUGUCGUUGACGGUAGUUUAGAUUUCGCUAAAAAAAUGGGUGCACUUGGAUACAAAAUAGUAACAGUAGUACCAAAAGCCGUCAAUAAUGUCUUACUGGAUGUUGUCAAAAAAGGACAAGAUAAAUUAGCCGAAAAACUUAAAAAUCAUAAAAAAACUCCGACUUCCGUUACUGCAACGCCAACAAUGAUGCCCCAUGAUAAUGUUUUAUGGAUACUAAUUAACGGUGUUAAAUACCCAAUUUCUGACGACCAAAUUAUUGAGCUCGCGGAUGCUAUCAAAAAGGAGAGAGAAGCCGAGAAGAAGAAACCCAAACCUGAUGUUAUUCCAAAACCCGAGGAACCAUAUUUUUUGCUGGUCGAUGAGGGCAAAGCGCACAUUCUUACUGCGGACGAUUUGAUUGAAAUUGGAGAAGAGUUCAAAAAAAUUAAAGAAGAAGAAGCAGAAAAAAAGAGAAAAGAAGCCGAAAAAAAUCCUAAAUAAUUAAUAUAAAUUAUAAAAAUUAUUUUAAAUAAU